AUGACGCUUUCCUCUUUGGCGGCAGCGCUGUCAUUCACUCUGCUGGCCGCAGAUGUCGCAUGGGCAGAGGCCUGGACACUUCCUGACAAUGUUCGUGUUUUCCAUCCCGCGGAUGACUCGGCCGGGGGGAACAGCCAUCAUCCGGCAGCUGCGAUCGCGUGGAAGACCUGGGUUCUUACAGAUGAGUCCGGCCUUGAAAAGUCCCGAUCGCCUCCCGCUAAAGAGAGUGGCACACAGGGCACACAGGGCACACAGUGGCUGCUCAGCAGGCGGAUGCUGGGCACAUUCCUGGGCCUGGUUUUGAUACUGACAGUACUGUGGCUUCUUACACUGGUGCAGAAGUGGAGGGACCAGGUAUCACCUAAUGAGUUUGCCUUGUAUGUCAACCUGUUGAUCUGCAUUCAAGGAUUCACCAACUACAGCUCUGUGGUGCUGUGUUCAUACCCGCUUUUCUUGGCGCUGAAAUCCGACGAUGCAGCUUCAAUGUCCGGCCUCUUCAUUGGGAUCUUCAUGACUGCAAGUGCAGCCGGCACUGGCGUCUGUUGGAAGAUCCUGAGCAUGUUUCCGGAUGUCUGGCGUGGUGGGGUUAAGACCUUCUUGGUGGUCGGGCUCUCUUGCCAACUCGCUGGCGCGCUGGGAUUGGGCAAGGUGGCAUGGGUCGGAAAGUACCCAGAGGCAGACAGCACAUGGGUUUACCUGUCAAUGACAGCAAGGGUUUUCCAGGGCUUCGGUCAUGGCAUGAACGACCAAAUCAUGAAGUGCUGCAUCGUGAAGCUUGCUCCCAUCAGCGAACGGCCCCGGCACUCCUUGAACAAAUUUGUGGCCAACACUGUGGGGAUCGGUGCUGGCCCAAUCUUGGUGGCGGCUGCGUUUUUCUUCUUCCAGGACGAGAACGAUGCGACCAUGACAGCAAGAGGAGCUCAUAUCAGCAUGCUAACGGCGCAGUUGCAGUUCUGGACGACUGGAGUGCUCCUGACAGCCACCAUGCUUAUCUACCCUGCAAUGAAGGAGGUUGCCACCGACCAUGGCGCGGCAAGCGGCCCAGCCCACGGGGAUCAAGCUUUGGUGCUCAUCAUCAGUCUGGUCAUGGAUGCAUUGCGUGCCUUUAUCGUUUCCGGCGUCGAAUCGGCAACAUGCCUGCUGCUGCAAGAGAAGUUCCAAUGGAAUCACGACAGCAUUGGCUUUUGCAUCGGGGUCACGUUCUGCCUGGUGGUGCCAGCCUACCUUCUGCACCGACAGUUCCACCACCAAUUCGGCGAGGUGCGCUUGAUGAGGGCAUACACGUGCAUGGGCAUCACAGCCACGAUGCUGCUAGGCUUUGCCAUGCACCCCGAGUGGAUUCUCCUAGCUGACUCGGUCAUCUUUCCGACGACCUACCUGUCAGGAGCACUGAAUAUGGGCAUUCUGAACAGCAACGUCUUCCCAGAUGGAUCCCUCCUGGAUGCCAACAAUGUCAUGCUCGUCAAUGGCCUCAUUUCCAACGGUAUGGGACGCUUUGGUGGACCCGUCUUCUCGCGGUCUCUGAUAGCAGAGCUUGGGCAGAAAGCCUAUGCGGCUUGCCAAGCCUGUGCGAUGGCGUUCAUCCUUUGCGGCACCACCGGUGUAGGUGCGCACAAAGAGUGGCACAGCGUGUCAAAGUAG